AUGCUUUCACCCACUCGACGCCUGAACCACAGCCUUCCAAGGGUCAAGAACCUGUUGGAUGUCUGUGUCGUUGGCGCCGGCGGCGUGGGGACAAUUGCAGCUUAUGUCCUUGAGAACUCGCAGCGCGCCCGUGUCACAGCAGUAUUGCGAUCCAAUUACGCGCUCGUCAAGGAACGUGGUUUCGACAUUGACUCGAUCGACCAUGGAAAGGUCACAAACUGGAGGCCGCAUAAUGUUGUCUCUGGCUUUGCGUCCGCCGCGGCCGACAAAAAAAGCUACGACUUCAUUGUCAUCACGACCAAAGCCCUGCCAGAUCUGACGUCGUCUAUCAUUGCCGAUUUGAAACCAUUGAUCACGCCGGGAAAGACUAGCCUCGCCCUACUUCAAAAUGGACUGGCCAUCGAGGCACCCUUCGCCGCCGCCUUCCCCAACACACCAAUCUUGUCGAGCGUCAGCAUGAUCGGUUCUCGCCUCACCAACUCGACGUCAGUUUUCCACCAGUACCCGGACGUAUCGAAGAUUGGCGCACACCUGCACCACGUCGACGACACGUUUACGGGCGCGACGCAACACGCCGCGGCGGCGCUCUAUGUCGACGUGUACAAUGCGGGGCUCGCGGCCGCGAAAGCCAAGACCAACGCACGCUGCCUGCUGGUGGAGGACAUCUCGGGGGCCCGCUGGGCGAAGCUGCUGUGGAACGCGUCGUUCAACACGCUGUGCACGGUGCUGCGCAUCCCGGUCGGCGAGCUGCUUUCGGGCCCGGGUCGGAACACGCUGCUGGAGCCGGCGAUGCGCGAGGUCGCGGCGGUGGCGACGGCCGCGGGCUACGGGGACGCCGUGUCGGAAGACAUGAUUCAGAACAUGCUGCACGACUCGGCUCCCACGAGCACGUUUCGGCCCAGCAUGUUGGUCGACCUCGAGAAUGAACGGCCACUGGAGCUGGAGGUUAUUCUUGGAGCGCCGUUGAAGGUGGCCAAGGAGAAGGGUGUCAGUACACCGAUUUUGACUCAGGUCUAUGAGCUCUUGAAUCAGAUUCAGUGGAAGUUGACGUAG